UCUUUCAUGCUCGAGAGAGCAGCAAUGGCGUCCCUCACAGCAUCAUCGACGGGCUCUCUCUCGAUUUCGUCCUCGAUUUACAAUGCCAGGGCCGGGCGCUUUCUUCUCGCUCGAUCGCCGGCGGGAGCUCACAGGCACAGGUUUCUCCAUCUCCAGGUUCGCGCCUCGUCCCAGCAGAGGGAUCAGGUCAAGGAGUCCAUCCGGAAAUCCACGGCGCUCGAUAUCGAGCCGCGGGAGACGCACGAUAGAUCCGUGGACACAGCGAGGGAGGAAUUCCGGGAAGAAUCGGAGCUAGGGUCUGUGGAGGUGUGGGAGGAUGAGCUGAAGAUGAUACUUGGAUCAAGGGUGUGGGAUGAAUCCAAGGCAAAUGGACGCGCUCGCGACAAGGAAUGGCUCCAGGAACAGAUCGAUCGACGAUGCGUCCAAAAUAUGCGCAUGCUUGUGGUGGAUGCCGUCAACAAUGCCAAGGCUGGGCAUCCAGGAAUGCCUCUGGGAAUGGCCGAGGUUGGAUUCACGCUCUACAGGAAGGUGAUGAAAUACAAUCCAGGAAAUCCUGGAUGGUUUAAUCGCGAUCGCUUCGUUCUUAGCGCUGGCCAUGGCUGCCUUCUUCAGUACAUAUGUCUUCAUCUAGCAGGCUUUGAAUCUGUCCAGAUGGAGGACUUGAAACGCCUGUGUAAGUUUGGAGCACGUACUCCAGGCCACCCAGAAAAUUCUGAGACUGCUGGUAUCGAAGUAACAACUGGUCCUCUUGGACAAGGAGUAGCAAAUGCUGUGGGACUAGCGUUAGCGGAACGUCAUCUAGCAGCACGAUUCAAUAAACCGGGACAUGAUAUCGUUAACCACAGAACGUUUUGCAUUAUGGGAGAUGGAUGCGCUAUGGAGGGCAUUUCAAACGAAUCAGCUUCAUUAGCCGGGCACUGGAAACUCGACAAGCUCACAGUCAUUUACGAUGACAAUCAUAAUACGAUUGAUGGUGAUACAGAGCUUGCGUUCUCGGAGGAUGUGGCUGGCAGAUACAGGGCUCUAGGAUGGCAAACGAUUCUUGUGGAAGAUAUCCACGAGCAUCCUGGAAAGUUUGUUAAAGCUCUAGACGAAGCUUUCGCGGAAACUGAGAAACCAACAUUAAUCCAGGUAAAGUCUUCAAUCGGUUUUCCUUCUAAGAAACAAGGAACUUCUAAAGCACAUCACGGAACUUUUGACGAGGAAGACGUGGAAGGCAUCAAAGCGGCUCUUAGUUGGGAGGGAAGAGAGCCUUUCUAUGUCGUACCCACGGUUUACGAGGAGUUCAAGAAAAAGGCCAAGGAAGCAGAAUGCAUAGAAGAGGAGUGGAACAUAGAGCUUGCCAAGUACGAGCAGGAAUUUCCUAACGAGGCCAACGAGUUCAAACAGCUUCUUGGAAAUAUUAUUUCCGAGGGAUGGGAAAAAGUCUUACCGACAUGGUCUCAAUCAGAUCCUGUGGACGCCACCCGAAGCUACUCGGAGAAAUGCCUCAACGCAUUAUCUACUGUGAUUCCUGGACUGAUUGGCGGCAGUGCAGACUUAGCAUCAUCAAACAAGGCCUAUCUCAAAGACUACGAUGAUUUCCAACACAAGACUCCGUGGGGAAGAAACGUCCGCUAUGGAAUUCGUGAGCACGCAAUGGCAGCGAUCUCCAAUGGCCUGUCUCUCCACUCUAGCGGUCUCAUCCCGUUCGCGGCAACGUUCCUAGCCUUCAGCGACUACAUGAAACACGCCAUGAGGCUCUCAGCUCUCAGCCGAGCCGGCGUGAUCUACAUUUGCACGCACGACUCCAUCGGCCUGGGUGAGGAUGGUCCGACGCACCAGCCAGUAGAACAGCUCGUGGGACUUCGAGCGAUCCCAAACUUGGUCGUUCUACGCCCGGCUGAUGGCAACGAAACCAGCGGAGCAUACAAAGUGGCAGUGAGAAGACGAGAUUCAGGCCCGACCGUGAUCGCACUCUCCAGGCAGAAAGUCCAGGCUCACGUAGCAGGAACUUCGGCUGACAAGGUUGAGAAGGGAGGCUACAUCGUCAGCGACAAUUCCUCCAGCGGCAGCGAUCCCGAGCUCAUUAUCAUCGGAACAGGCUCCGAGCUAUGCCUGUGCGAGGGAGCGGCCGAGAAGCUGCGAAACGAUGGACUCAAGGUCCGAGUGGUGUCGCUGGUUAGCUGGGAGCUGUUCGACGAGCAGCCGCUCGAGUACAAGGAUGAGAUUCUUCCGAGGAGCGUGAAGAAGAGAUUGAGCGUGGAGGCUGGCUCGCCGGUUGGAUGGAGAGAGUACGUUGGCUUCCAUGGCCGGGUUCUUGCGGUGAACUCGUUUGGAAAGAGUGGAGCUUACCUGGACGUGUUCAAGAAAUUUGGCUUCACGGUAGACAACGUCGAGAGUGAAGCUCGCAAACUUCUUACUGACCAAGUUUGAGAUCAUAGUGUUUUUUCCUUCCAGCGUCCAUAGAUCGAUCAAAACACUCCCAAUCAAUGCUUGUAAGAAGAAUAAAUAGAUGAAUGUAAUUACACUAG